AUGCCGCCUGCACCACCAGUCUCAAGAUUUCAAGAAGGGCCUGAACGUAAGAGGAAAGCCCACGCUAAGUCACGCAAAGGCUGCGGCAACUGCAAACUGAGGCGCGUAAAGUGUGACGAAACCAGACCUCGAUGUAAACGAUGUGCCGCUUACGGCGUAUCGUGCGACUAUGACGGAUCAAGACCGUCGCUAGAUCUGGCUGCCCAGGGCUCCUUCCAGGUCGAUCUGUUCCAGUCUACACCUUCGCCUGCAACCUCUGAUUCCCCCCAUGCUGCGACCACACCGAUACCGGGCCCUGCGAAACCACCCUCGACUCGGAAAACCAUAGCAUCCAUGGUGAAUGCCUCCCUCCAGAACAAAUCCUCGGCUUUGAACUCUAGUGCAGACAUGCCUGGCAUGUCUACUUUUCAUCAAGUCCCCUCGUGGACAUUUACCGAAGAGCAUCUCGACAUCUUGAAGAGGUUUCAAGAACGGACCGUCUCUACUAUAGGAAACAGGCAAACAGCGCCUACCUACAGGGACUGCAUUUCUCAUCUCGCAUUCUCGCACCCUUUUCUCAUGCACAUGGUCCUCAGUCUGACACUGAUGCACGACGCACAUCUCUCCACUCCGCUUUCGGAAGAAAUAGGCGCCAAAUACCACCACGCAUCUCUUCAACAUUGGAAUACAGCAACCAAACUUUUCAAACACGUUCUUUCAAACCCAAUCCCACCCUCGUAUCGAGAUGCCGUAUGGGCGACGGGGGCGCUUCUAGGUGCUGCCAGCUUCGCCUACGUCGAGGCCUCCAAGCCCGAAGAAUCAUGGCCGCUUAAGCCCUCGGAGCCUACCGACCUCGACUGGCUCAAGCUGAGCGAAGGCAAAAAGGCAAUAUGGCAGGUAGCCGACCCCACACGGCCUGAUUCCAUAUUUAAAGGCAUCGCACUGAAAAUGUCGGUCGUCCGCGUUAGCGACUGGCUGGCCGAGUUCGACCUCUCGUUUCUCCCACAACACCUCAAGGAGCUGUACGGUAUCACGCCACAAUCCACACCCCAGAACAACGUCUACUGUCUCCCCAUCAUCAUGCUCUCACGUCUACACGGUCUAACGCCCAAUCACGACAACGUCAUCGAAUUCCUGCUCUUCAUGGCCCUGAUCCCGCCGGACUUUAAGAACCUGCUGGAGCUCAAGGAUCCUAGAGCCUUACUGCUCCUUCUAUGGUGGUUCCGACAGCUCGAGCACGGCGACCCCUGGUGGCUAGUUAAGCGUGCCAAGCUCGAGGGUAGGGCUCUCGAAAUCUGGCUCGAAACGUAUUAUGGCGGCGAAGCUGGCUUGACAAGAAUGUACGCCAGUAUGGGCCAGCAGCAUCACUUCAAUCAGCAGACGACUUCCAAGAGCAGUACUGCGGGAUCAAUGGAUGCGAGCGGUCGGGGCGGGAAUGAGGCUGCUUUCCCGCCUUCGGUCGAGUCGUGGAUCAAAGACAAGUCGAAUGCUGGGUGUCCUGUCCAAUAA